ACGUUCCCGUCAACAGACUUCGACCAAGUAACAGCGCGUUCCCGCGUCUGCUCGGCGCUGGUGAAGAUAGUUUGUAGAAAUCCCCUCAGGAAUACAUUUGUUAUUACACACGAAUGGACGAUGGAAAGUCUCACUCUUGGAUAUCGUGGAUUCGAAGCUGGAGAACAGUUUUCAUGAUUCGUUGGAAGCUCAGAGAGAGGUUCCGGUAGCGAUAUUUUUCUGUCAGGAAGUUUGACGUAUUCGGCUCCAGAUUAUUUCUGACUUUGUUUUGGUUGGAGAAAGUUUUGGACCUCCAUUUUCCACAGAGCCCACAAGGAAACUAUCUGACUGUCUUUAUUUUUUGACACCAUAGUGUCAGUGAAAACUUUGCACGAUUUUUCAGUUUGACUGUAUUUGAAGAGUCUAAAGCUAUGUGAAGUGAAGACAUCCAUUGAGUUGACUUAUUUAAGUUUAGUUUGAUGAUAGGUUUCUGCUCACGUUCAGUUUCGAGAUAAUGUGUAUCAGUUGUUAAUGCAAAAAACAUUUUUGUUAAAAAAAAAAAAAAAACCCUCGAUAUUUCAGUCAGUUUUUGCAUUAAGCUUGAACUCCGUUUCUUACCACACUGAAUCCAAUUCACUUAAACUUUUGCCACAGGCCUGUCAUGGGCCUGCAGUUAUUCUUUAUAUGUGGUGACCCAUAUUCAAGCUGCAAUGCACCGCAUUUACAUGAAAUUCCGUUAUAAAAGUAAAGGUGUUUCUUGCUUUGAGGUUUUCGGACUCCAAGCUGGCAGCGCAGAUUAGGAAAAUCUGCAAAUUUAGCAGGAAGAGAGACCAUCAAAUCACGGAAAUCGUACGGUCUUUCCCCCUGGCGAGCUGACACUCACAAAUGGAUUUCAUAAAGGCUAUACACCUUGUUCUGUAGAUUUUGUGCAGAUGUAACACGGUCAUGGAACACAGCUGCCUGUCCAUCGGGCCUGAAAGCGGUUUUUGUCGAGUUUGUCCUCUAAAAUGUUUUGGAAAUGUAAGUUUUGCAGAGAUCAGGGGCUGCAGCGGAGCAGAAGUUUGACUGGAGCGGUGUGAUGCAUUCUUGUCCGUCGGAACAUUUGCUUUCUAAAACACACAGCUGUCUGAUGUGACGGUAUUUGUUGUGACUAUCUGGAAAACUAUCCGCUUGUGUGUGAGCUCUAGUUUUUUUUUUUUGUCGGAGGAGACAACUCCUUGUUACCUGGGGGGUCAUCCCCGCCAUGGCGCCCCCACACUCACACACACACUCUCCGGUGUGUUGUUGUGAAUGAGAGCACCAAUGGACGUGAGAGAAAACUGGACUUACUGCGUCAUCUCUGCCGCGAGACACCGGUGACCAGAGUCGACUGCAUGUGGGAGAAGCCCCGACUUGUCCUGACUGAGGUCGUCAAGGCAACAGGUGAGGGUUUGCGGAUGGUGCACGUGACAAGAAUGACAGGUAUAUGGGGAGUGAAUUACGCUGCAUUCAAGGAAUCCGGGAAAAUAUGCCUUUACUAUGUCUCUGCUCACAAAUGAGGCUACAACUCGAGCACUUCCUGGACAUGUAUCCAAAUCAAAGUCUUUUAAGUGUGUUUUAUCAUUUUCAUCAAUAAUAACCAAAAACUACAGACCUUAUUCCAAGGAUGGAAAGAUGUAGAUCUUUUUCAUUGUGAUACCUCUAGUAAUCAAAUUGAAGUUAGUCGAGCUUGAACCUUUUUUUGAAAUCAUGGUAGUCUUUUAUUUUUUUUAGACUUAGUGGUGGGUUUUUCUUUGGCUGUGCAAAGCUUUGUUCUUACGUUUAUUUGUUGGCUGUGCAUUCAUUCUUAGUCCUGGGAUGCACAGUGAAAAUAGAUAAUUCAUCGAAACAAUAACGAACACAAUGGAAAAACUGAACAGCAUGAAUAAAGAGUGGGUUUAUAAUAACCAAAGCAUCAUUGUGCAGUGGUACUAAAAGCAAAAAUAUGACAUGCAGGAUGAUGGUUGCCUCUGAGGCCACCAAUAAGAACCUAAAAUCAAAUUAAUUACUUGUAAUGAUCCACAAUUGAAGGCUUUUCUUCUUACACAUGGAGACAAAUGCAAACCAUUAAAAAUGCAGGACAUUAAUGAGAAGUUCCUUAAAAAUCAGGUCCAUAAGAAUGUUGUAAAAGGAGAUAUGAACUUCAAACAACUGAUCAUCAAUGAAAGUACAGCUUCAGCUGACAGCUGUGUUUACUCACACUACUUAUAUGUUACAAUCAUACUUUACAUAUUGAGCUACGUGAGCUAAACUUCUAAUUUUCUUUUAAUGUGCUGUUUGAGACGCUACAAAAGGUGUUUUAACUUGGCAUCAUUUCGAGCCUUCAAUAUUUAAAUGUGGCUGCUGAACCCGAAACACAUGUGCACCUGAAACAGGAGAGAUGUCAGACCAAGGGGAUUUUGCUGACCAGCCGUGAAUCCAGAUGCAUCUCUGGCCAGAGACAGAGUAAGAACCGUGGCUGGGAAAAACAGCCUCAGACUAAACACCUCUCGAAGCAGACAGAGAAGAGAGGGAGGGAGUAAAACCCAUGUAAAUCCUGCUAGUCCUGGAAAUGCGAUACAAGGAAAAUAAAGCGGGCACAGCUGACGGGACUGGUAGAGCUCAGCCUCCUCCAAUGAAUUCCCUGAAUUCCGCCUGGGAGGUAAUUAAAAUCAGGAGGAUUGAGGGAGAGAAGAGGGUUACUGUGAGAAUGGACAGGAAGGUUUUUUUUGUUAUUGUGUUGUUUACUAAAAGAACUCCUUUGAGUGCACAAUUUGUGCAUUUUUGUGAAGCACCUUUACAGCUCUCUUUGGAGGAAAGUUUGAGGUUUACAGUGGGGAAAACUUCUCUGAGUGUCCUGAAGUGACCGUACAGUCAUGUUUCUGAUGGGGGGGAUUGCACACCUCAUUAACUCUGUUAUGCAGAAAUGUGAGAAAAGGCUGUAAGCAUGAAAGUUAGAAGGACUGGAGGAUAAAAGUCCUUGGCACCUACUCGAUUGGCAGGUGAACACGAGAGCGGCAGAAGCUUGAAAGCAGCAUGGAAAUGCUCCACCAACCAAAGACGGACGUGCCUGGGAUUCCUGUGGGUGAUUAUUACCCAGAAAUCCACAGAGCCAAUGGGUUGCCUCAGGUGCCAAUGAUGCCCAUUUCAUCUACAGAAAUAGUUCCCUGCAUCUGAAUUUGCCUCUCAGACAGCUUUCUGACUGUUUUAGUCCACCCUCUGGGGGACAGUUACGACCUCUCCUGUCUGCGCCAUCCUCAGACACUGUUCAUCAUGCUCUGUAGUACUCCCCUGUGCUGUUUGCCACUCUUUGAUUGUAAAUUAAACCUAUCCAAGCUUCCCUCACCACAGAAUAAGCACAGCUGGAAUAAUUUAUUACUGUAUAUUUCUGAGAUUCGCUUAAUUUUUAAUGGACUCUGCUUUUCAUCUCAUCUCUUCUCUGUGUACAGCUAUGGGAAAAUACUGAUCUGAAAUCUACCUGAGGGGCUGAUCUUAUUCUUAGUGACACAAAAUGACUCAACAUUGGAGCUCAUACAGAUAUAGAACACAUUAACCCAAGCUGUGUGUUAGCCCAAGCAUUGGCAGUUACAUUAGAGUCUUUGGAAGUCUGUGCCAAGACUGGCUUAUAUUUCAUACAAAGCCUCUGCCAGAUUCAUACAGUCACAAUAAGAUGCCAGGUCAGCAUUUGCUGCCAUAGAAAUCCCUUUAAGUAGUUGUGCAGGAAAGUGAUUCAAAGUUACGUAAAAGAAAAAAAAGGCAGAUAAGUGCAUCAUUUGUUGAGGUACCUUACCAAAAUCACAGCACCAAAGUCCUCCAUCAUUUGCUGUGAUUGUGAAAAUGUAGUUUAUGUUUGAGGAUGUCAGAAGUACCACAGCUCAAGAGUCUUUUUGUGUUGUGCUGAAUUAGUUUGAAUUCUUCAGUUUAUUGGUACAAAUUUAGGAAAACCCUCUCCAUUGAAGGAAAUGCCUCAGUUUAUAACGUUGUUGACGCCUCCAGAGACUCUGAUAAAAUUGUCCAGUUUCCAUCAACAAUGGAGUGUGAAAACUCCACACAGAGGUAAAGGGCUCUGCCUUUCGUCAAAUCAGAGUUUUGUAGCGGCUGAAUUUUGACAACACAGAAAACUCUGUAAAAGAAAAACUUUGCCAGACUGUUUGCUGCCAGUGCAGCUUGGAUUUCAGCCGUUUCCAAUUGUCAUUCUUUCUCAUGGGCAAAACAGACGGCACACUUUCUCACACAUGCGCUGCACACUUUCACAUUCACUCUAACUUGUAAGAGAGAAAUCUGUAGGUCUGGGGUUCUGGAGGGUUAAGUUACAUUUCUUACAUGCCUGCAAGGAGUUAUGCAAGAAGAAGAAGAAGGGUCUGUGCUGACUGAAAAUGAGCUUUUCUGUUGAAUGUCUCAUUCAAACCCUUAAAGAUGGGAUUGAAACUGAUCAAAAAUAACGCUGCAGUCAUGCCAGCCUUAAGGUUGUGAACUAAAACAGAGCCAACCUCAGUUCACUGCUCUUUGUUGUAACUAAUGGAUUUGUGUGUGUUGUGUGUUUAUCACUUCAGGCUGUAGGCUGGUUGGCACAGCGGAGACAAACAUCUGAGGACUGAUUUGAAGCUCACACAGCAACAUCGGCACAAUGAGUAAGUCUGUCUGAUGUCCGACAGCUAUUGAGGGGCUGGUAUCCUUAAAUCAUGAGAUAAAAACAGACACUCACACUAAACAGCAUCCCUGAGGCCAGAGGUCGGAGUCUGCUCGAGUGUCUGCUUCAGACACUGGCGGGUGAAACAUUGGGUUUUGGCGUUAUGGAGAUAGGGGUCUGGUUCUCUCCGCUGCCCUGGGGCUGUAUGAAGUCUGUCCAAGCUACACAAGGAGAAUAUUUUCUCUUCAUGAGCUUGUUCAGCCGAGCAGAGCUUGCCUUGAGAUCAAACAUGGGAAUAGGCAUGUGAAAUACACUGCAGUCCUUCUCUGGCUCUGAUACUACAACACAGGAUAGUCUCCAUAUGGCUGCGGUUAAAGACCACAGACUAAUUGUCUGCUCACACCUUGACGUACAGAGUUAAUUUUAAGAGGCUUUCUGUCAUAUGAGUAGACGCAGCACAUUUAUUUUCCAUUCCUCUCUCUAAUUGUGUAUUUCCCUCUCCAGAUGAGAGGCAGGCUCUCCACUCCAUAAUGAAGGACCUGGUUGCCCUCCAGAUGACACGGCGCCAGCCUCUAUCGUCAUAUGACAGCGGUAAACCCAAGACACCAGCCCAGGCCAACAGACAGGUGAAGUACAGAAUAAACGGGAUCAAGUAUAAAGCGCUUCUAGUCUUUCAUACGCCUUCUUCAUAGCUAACAAGAUUUGUCAUAGGGACUGUUUGGGGUUCAGUGUCCUCCUCAAUAACACUUCAGCAUGUGGCUGUAGGUCUGGGGGUAGAACUGCCAAACUUUGGAUUGAAGAGACGACCCACUUGACCACUGAGCCACAGCUGCACCACCAUCUAAACAUUUCAGAAGGCUUUAAAAACAGCAGAUGGCAGCGCUUGUGUAGAGUUGUCAUGAGUUGGGGUUUAAACACAGGGCAUGAGCCAUGUUUCUGGAGACGCUUACUGGCUUCUCAUCGGCGAGAAUACAUAUUAAACUCUAAGUAAGCACAAAUUUAUUAAUUUAUUUUUUGUGAUAUGGCAUUUUUUAAAAGUAAUUAAAAGGCAAUUUAAUACUGUCUUGUUAGACCCUGAUGUCCAAAGAUAGCAUGUUUUACCCCCAAAAUUUUUGUCUGUGUGAGUCUGUUGUUCCGCGAUCGUCCUCUCUAUUCCUCCAAGUCUGAUCGGCAUAGUGGGGCUCUGGGGGUGGAGCUUGGGUUUGUGACGUAGGAAAUCUCUCUGUGUUUGAACCUGCUGUUUGGGUCUGCCAGAGAUUCACAGUGAUUUGAGUGCAGAAAUACUCAGAAAUGCAAUUUUGCAAUUUUCUCACGAUAUGUCCUCUACCAUCAGAAAAAAAUGCCAUAUGAACAUGUAGACAACAAGAAAAACAUGAUGUUCAUCGGAGUGGGUCUUUAACAGUUCUGACUUUGGGAGGACAGACAUGAUCUUGACUCAGUGAAUAAAUGUUCAAUAGUCUAUUGGUGCACAGUUGGAUCACUGUGAACAGCCGGGACUUCAUUAAAUGCAGACAGGAUGAGGUUUUUCCUCAUGACAACAGAUUUUUCUAUUUUGAAGUACAAGUUUUGGACCACUGCUCCAAUAAAGAGUUGUGUUACUGGGUAUAGCCCAUGCAGAGAUAUUUGUAUUUCUUAUAGAAUUUCCCCCAGCCCACACAGUUUGCUAAUUUGAUAUAAUGGUUGAUGGAUUCCCAAGAUAGCCACCCACGCUAUUCUGCAUCUGAAAUGUAUUAAAGCGCACUGAGUUAUUUUCUACUUCUUCUCUAAAAAUAUAUUCUGCUCAUGUUGAAAAGUAGCCUGCAGCCCACCCACCCUCACGUUCUACCACUGCUGCAGCCCAGAGGAGUGAAAGUAGACAGCCCGUGUGCAGUACAGUGUUUGCCUAAAACCAGAGAUUGUUCCCCUGGGAAAGACAGACUCCACUAUUCUCCUAACUCACUUACUUGGUUCAGACUUAGAGGAGACUGUAAGAAAGGAUCCAGCUCUAGAACUUGAUAAAAACGUCAUCACCACAUACAGUGCAGUUGUCCUACUACAACCGUUUUUCUUCAUCACACCUUUCUCCUGUUGACUCUUGUUUCUGCUUUUCUCCAGGACGAUGUAAGGAUAAAGUUUGAGUUCUCAGGAGAGAGGAGGUAAGUGUGGUACAGCUUUUUUUCCUGUUCUUCUUUAAGGCAGUUUAGGUACAAACGUAUACAUCCAGAGAAGUCAGAGGGAGCAUGAACUCACUCAGGGACAUAAACACACUUAGUCAAACGUUGUUCUUGUCACAUGUUCCAGUUCAUGAAGAAAAGCACAUUUCAGAGUCAAACACACACUCCAGUUCUGAUUCAGACUGGUAUGUGAGCCGGAGAAUUGAAGCAGGGGAAAGGACUGUGGUUAGCCAGUGGCUGCCAGCACAAACCACAAAUAUGCAAGGUGCACUUAGAGGAAUCUGCACACAGAAAGAGCAGCUUGUGUUGAUUUAGCCUGCACGUGUGCAUGGAACUUAAAAAACAGUUUCCCGAGUAGCCGGUAUAAAUUUCUCAUCAUCUGUCUGUUCAUGUGAUUCCUUUACUGUUUCUUUAACCUGUAGGAUUCUGAUGUUUGGGCGGCCGGUACAGUUUGAGGAAAUCCAGCAGAAGGUCAAGGCUGUCUUUGGUCAGCAGCUAGACCUGAACUAUAUGAAUAAUGAGGUAAAGUUGAGCCUCUUGUGUAGUGUUCCUGAACCUUUUUACCCUCUCAUUUAGAUCUAAGGAGAAUGUCUGUAAUUGAGAAGUUGCAGCGAGAGAGUAUUUUGUGUUUUUAAGUUUAAAAAAUGUAAAGAUCAGCUAACCUCUUCAGCUUUAAAAACAUAUCUGAGUCUUUCUAUACCUGUACAUUAUGUAUGUGUGUCUGUCUUCUGUACGUUUCGCUUUAUCAGAAAAAAAGCUGAGAUAAAGAUGGGAUAAGAUAUCUAUACAGUAAUCAAUACUUUUCCUGUCUAUUGUAACUCAUUAUCAGAUGGUAUGGUACGGUAAGGCACGAUAUAAAGUGUGGAAGCAUUUCUUACUGUAUGGUAUAGUGUUGUAUCGUAUUGUUGGACUAUAUCAUAUUGCAAAGUAUGGAAUCAAACCAUGUUCAUUUUGCUUCAUGUACUGUAUCAUAGAGUAAAUCAUAUUAAGCAUCAUAUACCUUGAAAUAUAUCAUAUCAUAUGUCAUAUUACAUACCAUGUAAUAUAUAAAUCAUGUCAUGACAUGUCAUAUUCUAUAUCAUUUCACAUAUUACGUUACGUCAUACAUUAUUUGUCAUAUAUUAUAUCAUAAAUCGUUUCAUGAUAUGUCUCACAAUUAAUCAUUCUAUAUUUCAUUCCAUCAUAUUUUACAUAAUAUAUCAUUACAUAUCAUAUGUCAUUUCAAAUUAUAUAAAAUGUCAUACCAUAUCAAAUUAUACAUAUCAUGUCAUGAUAUGUCUCACAGUAAAUCAUUUUUUAUGUCAUGUCAUACAUCAUAUCAUAUCAUGUCGAAUUUCCCCGCAGGAAUAAAUAAAGUUCUUCUCAUCUUAUAUCAUCAUAUUAUACAGUAUAUCAUAUCAUAUAUUAUAUCAAGUCAUGUUAUGAUAUGACGUAUCAUAUCAAAUAUAAUGUCAUGUCAUCUCAUAUAUAUUAUCAUAUAUGUAGCAAGUCAUGGAUAGCAUAUUACAACAGAUAUACUGUAUCAUAUCUUGUCAUCAUAUCAUAUGUCAUGUCAUAUAAUUUCCUGCAGUUCUUACUCUUAGUCUAUGAAUAACACAAUGGUCUUAAUUGAUUUUUAGGAGUGCAUACAGAAAAGAUAUGGCUACAGUUUGGAAUUAACUCUGUGCUUGUGUAUCUUAGUAAGUUCAUGUAUUUAUGUGUGUUUGUUGUGUGUUUAUCCGGCAGCUAUCUAUCCCUCUUCGAGAUCAGGGUGACCUGGACAAAGCCAUCGACCUGCUUGAUCGAAGCUCCAACAUGAAGAGUAUCAGGAUCCUGCUGCUCACACAAGAGCACAGCAAUGUGAGGCACACACACACACACACACACACACACACACACACACACACACACACACACACACACACACACACACACACACACACACACACACACACACACACACACACUCUUUAGGCAUGAAUUUACAGUGUAGUGUUACACCACAGUCAUUUCACCAUAGAUCCGUGUUGUAAAAAAGACAAAUUUCCUCAUUACAUCACAUUGAAAGAUUGUCCAGCCUUGUAUUGUGCUCAAAACUGCUGUUCUCCUCUCGUCAGGCCUCCUCCCCCUCUCAUCAUGUGCCAUGUAAGCAGGUGAGGAUUAAGUCCUCUCAGUCCACUGGAGAUGUUAGCACAGUGUACCAAUCCUCUGAGCCCAGGGGGCGCCAUCUUUCAACUGGUACUCAUCUGUUAUUUAAAGUUUUUCUCUGACUGUAUUGACAAUAAGGCUGUUCACUUUCUGACUCAUGGAGGGGCAUGUCAACAUUUCAUAAAUGUGCGGUAACGGGCAGCCAUCAAAUUGUGUGAAUGCAACUUCUGUCUGAAUUACCUGGAUUUCCCUGUCUGUCGCCUUCACGCUCACUCCGUCUUUGGCUGUUCCUUCUUUGGCUUCCCCUUUUAGCAAUGGGUCCUCUUCCUUUUCCUGUUCACCAUAACUAGACGACUGCCUGUUGGAAAGCAGCCAAUCAGAUUACAGAAUGCUAUUAGUGUGGUCGACCAGUGCUCUGGUUUAGGACCCUUUUCCCUCUGAAGUGGCUGCGGAAGGGCUUGAUUUUGACAGCACUGGGUUAUCAGUGCUAAAAAAUUGUUCAUGGUUAAAGCAAUCAGCUCUUAUUUUUAGUUAAUUGUUCUCUUAGAGGCGAUGGAUUGAAAGUAGUGUGAAAGUUUGCCAAGUAGUAUUUCCAACAUGAUCAUGCAGUCUAGUACAGUCCUGGAAUCACGCUGUAGAUAACGCCCCUCAGGCCUGUAAACAUUUGAAAUUCUCAUUUUUCACAUAUUUAAUGUGUCUUCAUAACGACUGUGAUCCCAGGUUCUCAGAACACGGGCCGCAGCUCACCGCCUCCUGGCUAUGUGCCUGAACGCCAGCAGAGGAUUGCCCGUCAAGGCUCAUACACCAGCAUAAACAGUGAGGGGGAGUUCAUCCCUGAGACCAGCGAUCAGUGUGUGAGUUAUUGAUGAGAUCUGACCACAUAGACAAAUCUCGAAUCGAGACCUUUUCUCAGUAGUUGUGGUUUCUAAUAUAAUUUGGCUCUCCCUGUGAAAUUAUCUUGUCUGAUUUUGGGCACAACAUUUAGGAUAAAUGAUCAUUUUUACUUACAAGUUUAAUUUACAUCUCUAAGUAAAACGUCAAGCAAAGUCAUCUGUGACACCCCAGCAUUAUACUGAAUCCAUGCUGUCAGACUUGAUUGUAUAUAUCCUUUAGGGGUGGAUUUUUCUGAAUGAAACAUCUGUACAUGAUGCACAUAUGCAUGCACACCUUUCACUUUCUGUUGUGCCCUGCUCAGGUGCUGGAUCCCUGGAGCAGUGCAGAAAAUUCUGUCUCAGGGAGCUGCCAGUCUCUGGACAGCAACUCUGACAGGUGAGGAGCAAAUAUUCUUGCUCUUUUAACCAGAAAUACACAAGUCAUCCAUUAUUUUUCAUACAGCAUCUCAUUUUGUUAUAACAGGUUUUCGUGACUUUAGAUUAACUAUAAUUUGUUUGUCUGUGGAUCCAAAACUCAAAGGAGAGCCUCUUCUAACUGUCCUCCUCCCUUCUCUUCUUUCACAGCCCAUCGCUGAGGAAGUCCCGCAUGCACAGAGCCAAGAGUUAUCCUGAUAAUCGCCAGGACUGCUCAGGUGAAAGAAGCUUCUCUGAAUGCUCAAAUUUCACCCAGAGGCACACAAGGUUAAAGCAGGAAAGUCACAUCACAGGGAAUUUGGCAUUUUGAAAAAACACUUUCUUACUGAUACUAUAUGUUGUUCUACAUAUGAGUUCUACAUACUUUGGCUGCAAGUUGUAAAAGAUUAAUCCAAAUACUAUCAAUAAAAAAAAAGAAGAUCAGUCCAGCACUUCUUUUUAUGCUUGAGUUGAGAAAGUCAGUCUGAAGUUUUUUAUAAGAGAGAAGGCUGAGUGACUGAACUGUUACUAGACAAUGGAGAAAUCCUGCUGACCUUUGACUUUUGGACAUUUACUUCCAGACAGGGAGAAUCAUGUGUAUGAUCGAGUAGCAGGGAAAGGAGGCACCUACCCUCGAAGGUAUCAUGUCUCCCUGCAUCAUAAGGACCACAGUGAAGGUAGGGUGCUUUUUAUUGCUUCUGUAUUCACCAAUCAUAGACCUGUUUUCUUUUAACUUGAACAUUUUUUUCUUUGUUUUGUUUUCCUCCUCAUCGUGUGGUAUUGACCUUUUCCUUACCUGCUCAUCCUUCAGGCCGUCGAACAUUUCCGCGGAUCCGUCGCCCUCAGGGCAACCUUUUUACACUGGUUCCCUCCCGGCGGUCGCUCAAUGGCAGUGAGGAGAGUCUGGGAAGCUGGCAGCUUGUCGAUGCUCAAGGCAGGCUCCGCCCCCAGGAUCGUUCUGUUGCACACAAGUGUGAGUGUGGAUAGUCUCAACAAAAUGCCCCACAGUGAAAUACACUUUAAUGAUAAAGUUGAGGGAAGUUGGUAUAAACUCUUAAAAGAUAAAAUGAUGUCUCACUGCAGGGUGUAUACUAAAAGGAAAUGGAAGAAAAUAGACAUGUAAUAAAAGCCGAGGAAAAUCAUACAAUUAGUCAAAGUAUAAAUGUCGAAAUGGAUUUGUAUUUGAACUAAACCAUGUGAACAAAUUCACUUAAUCUCGUGAUUCAGAGUGGACAAAUCUAAUAAAAUGAGGUUAAAGAAACCCUUUUCACUGUUUGGAAGUACAGUUUGCUUUCUUACCCAGAACUGAUUCAACAGACUCAAAACCAUUUCAACUUUGUGCAUCGAACACACAGACCUCUCUGUUCAGCCCACUUUCCCACAAAUGCUAGUGGUCAGGGGGCAAACUAGCUGUCUCGUAUACAGUCAAGAAUUAUGCUCUCUCUAUUUUCUGUCACAUGUAUAUUGGAAUAAAAUCAGAAAUAGACAGCUGACUGUGUGUGUUCUUCCCCAGCGCCCAGUGCUCCUGUGACGUGGCGGAGAGGGAAGCUGUUGGGUCAGGGGGCGUUUGGCCGGGUGUAUCUGUGUUAUGAUGUGGAUACUGGGAGGGAGCUGGCUGCCAAGCAAGUCCAGUUUGAUCCCGAGAGUCCUGACACCAGCAAGGUAAGACAGAGUUGGUAGGCUUGCAGGGAAGUUGAGAAUAUUUCCCACACACUGCUUUUUGAUGAGGGGCUGCACAGUGGUCUAGUUGUUAACACUGUCACUUCACAGCAAGGAGGUCCUUAGGUUCAAAUCCAGGUCAGGGCAUUUCUGUGUGGAGUUUGCAUGUUCUCCCUGUGUCUGUGUGGGUUCUCUGGAUUCCUCCCACAUCCCAAAAACAUGCAAAAGUGGGGUUAGGUUAAUUGGUCACUUCCAAAUUGCCUGUGGGAUGGUUGUUUGUUUGUUUGUAUCUAUACAUCACCCCUGCGAUGAACUGGCAAGUUGUCCAGGGUGUCCCCUGCCUUUGCCCCAAGAUGCUGGGAUAGGCUCUAGUCCCCCCCGCGACCCCCAAUGGGAUAAGCAGUAGAAAACGGAUGGAUGCUUUUGGCUAUUAUUGUCCCCUGUAACAACCAAUAGCUUCAGAUAUUUAUUUAAGUCUUGCCUACAAAUCAAGCAUGUACUUUUUGUCAGAAAAUGACUUCUUUCCUCCCUCUUUUUUACAGAAUAACUCCUUAACAGAUGAAUUAAAGCUUUAUCUUCUAAGAUUCUUCACCUCUGCCCACUCCUUCAAACACCAACAGUGACCUCAUUUUUGUGCAUUACAAACUCUUGUGGCUGUUAUACUGAGUUAAAGGCAGUAAGCUAGGACUUAACUGAGAACACUCUUAAAAACACUGCCUGUUUGCGGUUCCCAAGUUUCACUUGAAGCCACAGAAACUUUAUCACAUCCCCUGACACAAAAGUAAAAUAAACAGUUUGAAGAAGGAUAAAUAAUUCACUUUAAUAAAGAAAUGGAAUGUGCCCAGGAGCUUUUCCUUCUCCCCCUUAUCGUUGGACCCAUUUAGAUGUGUUUUCCUAUCCUCCACAGAGGAAACAUCCACUGUCACUUCCUGUUUCUUAAAGAAGCCGAGUGUUAUUGGGAGACACCGUGGUGUCAGAGAGGGCUGAGGGAUCAGCUUUGCCUUGGCCUCCCAUCACCUCUUCAUAAAAGGCCUCCCAGCUUGUUGUAGAUAGCUGAUGUUUUUCUAUGAUACUUAUGUUUUUCUCAUAGGGACUACUUUCUGUGUUUUUAACUUCCCUCUCUGUCGCCCAGCCUCGACCUCUGAUGUAAACACAGGAACUUCUUAUGGGGAACUUGGUUAUUAACUUUCAUUUACUCCCUGCUUCAGGUUCCACCACUGGUCAACACCACAUGCAGUCUUAAAUCACUGUUUGUCUUCCCUGUGUUUAUGGUUCAAUUGUUUGUCAUCAGCGGUAACAGAUAGGACAGAGCCUGUGGGGCUCCGCUGUGUCCCAAGAAUGCAUUUUGUCUGCAAAUGAAAACAGUAAAUCAACAGCAACGCAUUGUGUAGCUGUAACAACUUUUGUGUUUUAUGCUUUGGUGAUCAUUUUAAUCUCCAGUGUUUAAUUUCCCAACCGCUUGUUGUUUUCCAACAGGAGGUCAGUGCUCUGGAGUGUGAAAUCCAGUUGCUGAAAAAUCUGCAUCAUGAGCGCAUUGUUCAGUAUUACGGCUGCUUGAGGGACCACAAUGAGAAGACCCUCACUAUUUUUAUGGAGUACAUGCCUGGGGUGAGUCCAAGCAACAUCUGAUAUUACGAUACAAGGGAGCUUUAAUUUACGCCAGGCAACUAAGUCUGUCACAUAAAAGCACAAAACAAAUACAAAAUACAGCAGUUGGUUUCAACGACUACAGCUGGUGAAAUUAAUGAGUUUAGACAUCCAGAGAAGUGGUCACAUUUCCUGUUAUUUCACUUGAAAGUGUGCGCCCCCUUAUUUGUGACAUGAACUACUCAUGGCUGGAACUUGGGAACUCAGAUAUCCAUUUUUGCCUCAGUUUGAGACUUUCAAAUAGUAGUCGUGUUUCCAAUUUCCUGUCGUCAAAAAUUCACAAUAGGAAGAGAGUGUGACAGAUGAAGUGCUGAUGAAAUCCUCAGCAGUUUGUUGUGGAGUCAGCUAAGAAAUUACAGGUCCCCUCAUAGUGUUACAUUACUGAAUAACUGCAUAUUUCUUCUGCAUCACAUGCCUCACAUUGGUGAAAUGGCAUUGCAACAACAUACAACAUUCAACAGGAUCUUUUUCCAGGACUUCAGAUGCUGUACAAUGGCAAACAACCAUGUGAUUGCUCUCAUUUUAAGCUGCUUUUAAGCAAAUUUUGAGCUUAUUUCAUUCCCUGAUUUUGCAUUCAGUUCCUUACUUUCAAUAACAUCCCAUUAAAUGUGUCACAGACAUGUUUCAAGAACUUCAUUCAAAUACAGCUCCUUGAUUCUUUACCUACCCAGUUUAAGCCUUCAGCAGUAGGAUUAGAAACACGACUUUUGGCUCAAAGUAAAACUGCCAAAUCUGCCAGUAAUUUUGUGGAAAGUGUUACAAAAUGUCUAGUGGUUGCAAAUGAUGGAUGUGCUGAAAAUGUUGAUGCUGACAAGAAAAUAAAGCUGACAAUCAGUGUUUCAAAAGUUGAACCCAAGAGAGCCGUGUGCACUAUUGGAUGUGCUUGCAGUCGGUGUGCUGUAAUGUUGGCGUUUUCAGCUAACUGAGUAUGUCGCAUGUUUUUUUUUUUUUUUUUUAUCUGCCAGGGUUCAGUCAAAGACCAGCUGAAGGCCUAUGGAGCACUGACAGAAAAUGUGACCCGCAAGUACACGAGGCAGAUCCUGGAGGGCAUGUCUUACCUGCACAGCAACAUGAUUGUACACAGGGACAUCAAAGGUAGUCCUGCUUUACUGCAGAGCCUCCCUGCUUUCUAGACGGAUGUGUCUGGUGAUGUGGGAGGUGAAUGGUGAGAUAUUAUAUUUACAUGAUCCCUGCCUACUCUGCUCUUAAGGUGCCAACAUCCUGAGAGAUUCAGCUGGCAAUGUGAAGCUUGGAGAUUUUGGUGCUAGCAAGAGGCUGCAGACCAUCUGCAUGUCUGGCACCGGCAUCCGUUCAGUGACCGGCACCCCCUACUGGAUGAGCCCAGAGGUGAUCAGUGGAGAAGGCUACGGCAGGAAGGCUGAUGUCUGGUAAGAUCUAAAGAUCCUUACAGCAUGGAGUUGUACUGUGAAUAGACGUCAUGCUUUGGCUUAAUCACAGUUGGUUUAGGUGGUUUCUAAACUAAAAGAGGUUUACAUAAAACUCCGAAUAUUGAUGCUUAUUUGCUUUUCAACAAACAGUGGCCACUUCAAAUAAGAAAUGGUCAUAGCACAAUUGGACAGCAUAACCUCAAAGGUUAUGCUGUCUGCUUAAAGCUUGGGAUUAGAUAUUAUCAGGAUCCUAUAGAUUAGUCAAACUGUGUUUGUAUAACACUUAUUAUUAUUACUGUCAAACAAUGAAAAACUCAUCAGACUAAUCACAGACUUUAAGAUUACUGAAUCCCAAUUAAAUUGUCCUCUAAUCUUGAUUUGAGUCCAGUCAUGCUCUACAAUUUUUAGCACUACUGAAAACAACAUGAUUCUGCGUGAAAUUGACACUUUUUGCAAGUUUUUCAAUAGUGACCUCCAUAAGACUGAGCAUGCUAGUAAUCUCGUAAGAUCAAAUCUGAAUAAUAGGUAAGAGCAAGACCAGCCAGAGCUUUAUUGGCUAGAAAUAAAAUAACUGCUGUAAAAAUGUUUUUAAUUUGAGUGGGUUUGCAAAAAACAAGCACCUUUAUUCCUUUAUGUUUGUCUUAUUUAUGCUGUAUUUUAUUUUCACGUAGCACAUCUUGCAAACUUUAUAUAUAUAUAUAUAUAUAUAUAUAUAUAUAUAUAUAUAUAUAUAUUUUUUUUCCCUGCUCUAUGAUGUCACCUCUGUCAACCUCACUAGACAAACAGUUGAUUUUAUUUUUCCAUCAUCAUACAGUGCAUCUGGAAAGUAUUCAUACCACUUCACUUUUUUCACAUUUUGUUAAGUUACAGCCUUAUUCCAAAAUGGAUUAAAUUCCUUUUUUCCCUCAAAAAUUCUACACAACAUACCCCAUAAUGACAAAACGAAAAACUUUUUUUAGAACAUUUUGCAAAUGUAUUAGAAAUAAGACACUCGAGUGUUGCAUAUACAUAAGUAUUCACACCCUUUGCUGUAAAACUCAAAAUUGAGCUCAGGUGCAUCCUGUUUCCACUGAUCAGCCUUGAAAUGUUCCUCCGACUUGAUUGCAGUCCACCUGUGGCAAAUUCAGCUGAUUGGACAUGAUUUGGAAAGCCACACCUGUCUAUAUAAGAUCCCACAGCUGACAGCAUGUCAGAGCACAAACCAAGCCAUGAAAUUGAAAGAAUUGUCUGUAGACCUCCGAAACAGGGUUGUAUCGGUGCACAAGCGGGCUGUCCCCAUUAUGGGGUAUGUUGUGUAGAAUUUUUGAGGGAAAAAAGGAAUUUAAUCCAUUUUGGAAUAAGGCUGUAACAAAACAAAAUGUGGAAAAAGCAAGUGGUAUGAAUACUUUCUGGAUGCACUGUAGAUUUGACUUCAUAUUGGCAAUUAAUAAAAAAAAAAUUGAUACUUGGCCAAUGAGACAAUACGAUAUAUCACCAGACAAAAUAUCGCAAUACUAUGCUAUAUGGAUUUUUUUUCUCCCACCCCUUCUAUUUAAUGGGACUCGCAUGUUUGCAUGUAAGUCUUUCUUUGUGUGUUUUGAAGCAUCUUGUAGUAAAAUUGAUGUCUUUAUUCAAGAAGUUUCCUAUGAAUAGACUGAGAAACUAAGCCAGAGUCAGAAGGGAUGAGACCUGAUAAAACGAGUAAAUAAAUUAUUAGUCUGCUGUAUGUAACCCAGUUUCUAUCAGGCUCCUACACACACAGCAGUAAAUAUUCCCUUAUGCAACCUGAGUGAGAGGUGACCUUCCAAGAGAGUGAUGUGAUUGGCUGUUGGCCAGUCAGACAGGUCGUAAUAGAGGUUGGUAUGUUCCAGAUUCUCGGCCCAGGCUGGAGGGGGAGUUUUGCUCCGAGGAGGGCUUGUACCUCCCAGACAGGUGGAGGAGGCCCCGUGAGAGUUUACAUUCAAAACAUUCCUCUAAAGGUUUCGUGUAGAGCAGCUGAGACCUAUAUGUGGUAUUUGUUUCAGCUUGUUUUGUAGCUCCUCUGCAGACUGGACUUAAAGGAAACUAAAUCUGUGUUUUUUUUACAGGAGCCUUGGUUGUACAGUGGUGGAGAUGCUGACAGAGAAGCCUCCAUGGGCUGAGUUUGAGGCCAUGGCGGCCAUAUUCAAGAUCGCCACCCAACCCACGAACCCUCUGCUACCCUCACACACAUCAGACCAGGCUCGGGACUUCAUUGGCUGUAUUUUUGUGGAAGCCAAACACAGGCCCAGUGCUGAGGAGCUACUCAGACAUCCCUUCUCCCAGAUUCUGUGCUGAUGAACCUGCCUGGUCUGAACUUAAACCACAGGGUCACACAGUAGCAUCAGCAGUAUCUGUAGCCUUCUCUGAAACACACCCACAGCAGGAAUGUGGACAUGGACCUGGUCUAGAGGUUGGUCAGACCUCUGCAACCAUCCUGAUGAUUCAAGAAGAUUUCCUCCUGCAGCAAAAAUCCGAAGAGCCGAUGCCUUCAAAACCAAAGCCAAAGCCAGUACCAGCCUUCACCAACAGGGGGAAACAAAACACAGAUCAAGUGUCUGCUGGGCUGCUGUUCCUUCUCAGAUACACACACACACACACACACACACACACACACACACACACACACACACACACACACACACACACACACACACACACACACACACUCCAAAUGAUACUCACCAAAGGCAGCAUCAUUCAUGUGCCGCUGUGUUUUCAAAAAGUUCCCUUUCCAGUGUUUACAUUCACUUGGUGGGCAGUGAUGCCAGGAAGCCCUUCGAGUGUUUGACAUUUAAACAUUUAACCAAGCACAGUUUAAAAGCUACAGCAGCAGGCCUCUAGCUCAAGUUUAUAUCAACUGCAGGUGAAAAACAGUGUUAAUUUGACAGGAUUGUCCUUUUUUUUCAUUUAAUGUCUUGAACAAAGAAACACCACCCUCUAACUCUGUAACGGCUAUUUAAGCUAUUUGUGAUGCAGUUUGCAUUUCUGUCUCAUGUCUGUGUAGAUGGAGUUAAACGUGAAAGAAGUUUGGAGCUAAGAUAUGAUUUUGCAAAAAAGCACUGCAGCUGCUAACUCCAGUUUGUGUAUCUUAAGUUAAUACCUUUGAUUUUGAGUCAAAACAUCUAUAAUAUCAACCUUACAACCUCAGAAAAAUUCAGAAUAGCGUUCAGCUAACAUCCUGUACAAAUCCUGUAAAACUUCAGUAACAAUCCGACAUAAUAAAGAUAUAGACAUAGUUUCCACCAUAGCUCAACACAUCAAAAACUUAAAACAAAGAAAAAAAAGAUUAUGUACUGCUAAAUUUUAAGCAACAAAGUUGUCCCCUCAUAUUGAGUAUGUGUAAAACAUGUGAGUGUUUGUCCGGAGAUAAGGCUGGAUUAUUCCUCAUCACUCACAUUUCUCAGUCCUGUUCUGUCCUUUCUUUACUUUGACAUAUCCCUGUAGCAACCAGCAUCCUGUAGCUCUUCAGAGUCAAAGGUGUGCUCAGCUGACAAAGUGGCAAAAGAAAGACAGACACAUAGGCUCUGCUUGGUAUCAGUGAAAGUGAUGCAAAUGAUGCUUUUUAUGGUUUCAAAGACAAACUGAAGGCCUCAGUUUAGAAAGGCUCUCAGUUUCAAGUGUGUCCAGACCAAACAAGGAAGCAGACUUCUUUGCUUCCUUAAAGAUCAAUUUUUGAAUCAGAUGCACUUUUAGGUAAAUUGAAUUUUGAGGAGUUUUUGUUCUCUUUACCAAAUUGUUUUGUUUUUUUUUUCACUUCAAAUGUGAUUUUUAUUUAUGUCCUUGUGUCCCUUUUCCAGGCGGAUUUUAUAAGCAAAUGUAUGACUAUAUUUUUUUAUAUUUAGACUGUGUUAGAGUUGAAUGAUAAUUUCGGGAUUUUAUGUGGUUUAAAGUAAAUCAUUGAAGCAACUGGUUUUGCAGAUGUAACAGAAAAUGGGUUUAUGAUGAAAAAUGGGUGGAAAGCAGAUUCUGGCUGCCUGGUUUGUGAUCCAGCUCAAAAACACUUUCCAUACAUUUUUAGUCGCAUAUUCAUAUGACAGUGUUUCAGCUUGAGGAAACUCUGCUUCAUCUGACACAUGGAGGUCUUGUUAAAGACACCUGCGAAAGCUAAAUUUACAGAAUUAUUGGACAGAGAAAUCUUGUAUGUGUGAUUUCAGUGUUUCUGUAGUGUAAUUAAAAGGGUGUGAGUGAGCCAAAGACAAGCAGGACCAGAGCCAGUGCUGGAUUUCAGAGUCUGCUCUCCAGCCUAGAUGACGACUUUGUUUAUCCCAGGGUUCAGACAACAAGUCCAGUGUUGAAUAAUAUUUUUGGCUAAGGGCUUCCUGCUGCCUCAAGGCUAAUAUGGGAACUCUCAGUGUGGCUGCUACAGACUAAAGGCAGCUCCAAUAUGUUGCAAUAAUUAAUUUCAAUGGAAAAGAGAUAAAGAACCCUGUGGUAUGCAAAUGAAAUGAACUAGUUGAUUAGAGAUCUAUCUAUAUGUUAAUGUAUGAGUAUGUAUCGUGACGAGACUUGCAGUGCAAAGUCUAAGGUAUCAAAUUUAUUCUACAGCAAGAAAAGAGUGGUAUGUUUAAAGAGGGUGUGAAUAUAUACAUUUAUAUGUUAUAUACUGUAUAUAUGUUAUGCCUUUUCUUCAAAAUAAAUGGAUCGUUUUUAAAA